AUGAGUUCAUCAAGCCAAGGAGGAAACUCACAACCACCACCACCGCCAAACAAACAUCCUGACAGCCCAUCACCCCCACCGCCAACAACCACCACUUACCCCACCUAUCCUCCGCCGCACCCGGCGGCGUGUUACCCACCGUCAGGGUACCCACCUGUCCCCGGCGGCCACCCUUAUUACCAUUACCCUCACAACACCACCACCUACCCAUACGUCUACCCUCCUCCAGCCACCUACCACCAUGUCAAUGACACCGCCACCGGGAGAUUCUUCCGGAGCUUCAUAUUUUGCUCCUGCAUGAUUCUAACUGUUUUCUUCCUCAUGAGCCUCGUGAUGGCAAUGAUGCUACACCCUCAGCUCCCUAUCUACAAGGUUGUCUCCAUGUCGGUAACAAAUCUCACAACAACCCCCGCACUUUCCGGCGAGUGGGGCACCAAGGUUUCCAUUGAAAACCCCAACGAAAAGCUCGCCGCGCAUUUCUCCGGCUUCCGGGUCGACGUCAUGUACAAGGACGGCGUCAUUGGGGUGAGCUACUCUCCCGGGUUCGUUCUCAGCGUGAAGGAGAUGAAGGAGACAGAAGCGAGGGGCGCCGCCACCGGGAACGCAAACCUCGAAACGGCGACGUUGGAGGACAUGGUGAAGGAGAAAAACGCCACGGGGAGCAUCACGUUUGCUCUGAGGGUUUCUUCCGUGAAUGGUUUCAAGUCUGGUUCGUUUUCCUCGAGGGAAGCGGGGGUGGUGGCGUUUUGUGAAGGGUUGAGGGUUGUGUUUCCGAAUAACGGUGGCCAUGGGGCGUUUGAUAGCGGGGGGAAACCUGUUGAAUGUCAGCUUUAUGUGUGA